AUGCGUGUUGAUUCCUGGCUCGUCGGCAUGGGUACCUCGAUCCCUCUCUUGUCUCUGCUGUGGUUCCUGUCCAGUCCCAGGCUUCAGCUAGGAAGUGCUCAGGCUCCUGCCAUGGUGCAGCUGCCAGGUGGGCGGUUUUUGAUGGGAACCGAUGCUCCAGAUGGCAGAGACGGCGAAGGGCCUGCCCGGGAAGUGACAGUCAAAUCCUUCGCCAUUGACGUGUUUCCUGUCACCAAUAAAGAUUUCAGGGAAUUUGUCCGAGAGAAAAAGUUCCGGACCGAGGCAGAGACCUUCGGGUGGAGUUUCGUCUUUGAGGAUUUUGUGCCCCCUGAGCUUAGAAAUCAAGCAAAUCAGAUGCCGUCUGUUCUCUGGUGGCUACCAGUGCAGAGGGCGUUUUGGAGGCAGCCUGCAGGUCCCGGCUCUGGCAUCCGAGAAAAACUGGAGCUUCCGGUGGUGCACGUGAGCUGGAACGAUGCUGUCGCUUACUGUGCAUGGCGGGGAAAGCGGUUGCCCACAGAGGAGGAGUGGGAGUUUGCAGCCCGAGGAGGCUUGAAGGGCCAGGUUUAUCCAUGGGGGAACAAGUUCCAGCCAAACCGCACCAAUUUGUGGCAGGGAAAGUUCCCCAAGGGUGACAGAGCUGAAGAUGGUUUUCAUGGACUGUCACCAGUGAGCGCUUUUCCCCCACAGAACAACUAUGGACUAUACGACCUCAUGGGCAAUGUGUGGGAAUGGACGGCGUCCACAUACCAAUCUGCUGACCAGGAUAUGCGCGUCCUCCGGGGGGCGUCAUGGAUCGACACCGCUGAUGGCUCAGCCAAUCACCGGGCUCGGGUCACCACCAGGAUGGGCAACACUCCUGAUUCAGCCUCAGACAACCUGGGCUUCCGCUGCGCCGCCAGCACAGGCCGACAGAAGGAGGAUCUGUAAGCACCCAGGCAGGGAUGGAGAAGGCCGCCCUCAGUACCGUGUUUCCCUGCUCACAUUCCAGAGGCAUCAGAUACCAAGUUCCUUGUCAGCCUGCAGGUGGCCUCCCUCCGAGCCCCUUCUCUCUAGCAGAUG